AUGAUAGCCUUCACCGUGGUCGCUAGCCUCGCGAUUUUGGCGGGCUCGGCAUAUGCAGAUGUAACUUGGACCGCGACCCCGUUCAACCCGCCAUCAGUCCCCCUUGCCGUACGAACGCCGUACUUGUCAGUAUGGCUCCCUCAAGGAGCCGGGACUGCUUUGAAUGGCGCUUGGCCCGCAUUCUGGACAGGCAACAUCAUGGGAUGGGCGGGCUAUGUGAAAGUUGACGGUACUGCGUACAAUUUUCUCGGAGCGCCUGUCGUGUCUGGUGCGAGCAAAGCUGUUCAGAAAAGUCUGACCUUCACCGCUACGCAAAGUAUUUUCGUCAUGACUGCUGGACCGGUCGACUUGACCGUCACCUUCCUGAGUCCUGUAGAGCCAAAUGAUUUGGCGAAACAGUCGCUGCCCUUCUCGUAUUUGGCCCUCUCUGUUGCCUCGAACGACGGCAGCUCACAUUCUGUACAAGCCUACACUGAUAUCAGCGCGGAAUGGGUGUCCGGUGAUAAUAGUCUCGUCGCGAACUGGUCAACGACGACAACCGGAGGCAUUCUGACGCAUCAAGUCCAGCUGGAGUCCCAAACCAUAUAUGGAGAGGUCUCUGACCACAUUCAACAAGGCGCGGCGUUCUACUCAACCCCAUCGACUUCCGGGACAACCUAUCAAACUGGUCAGGAUACUGUUGUGCGCGGACAGUUCAUCCAGUCGGGCGUUCUCGCCAACACAGAGGACGUCAAAUUCCGCGCGAUCUCUGACAAUUGGCCUGUCUUUGCUUUUGCGCAUAACCUCGGAACUGUGAGCGUCGCGACAGACCCGGUGAUCUUUACUGUAGGCCACGUAAGGGACCCCGCUGUUCAAUAUAUAGUCACGGGCGGCGCUCUGCAAGAUCGAAGCGUGUACUUCCAGAGCCAGUUCUCAUCUGUCGCGGAUGCUAUUUCUUCAUUCAUCGGGGACUACGCUGGCGCGCUCUCUCGCGCAGACCAAUUCGAUGCUCAAAUUAAGAGCGACGCGUCUGCGAUUUCGGCAAACUACGCUUCCAUCGUGGCGCUGUCCGUCCGACAGGUCUUCGGCGCCAUAGAGAUCACCGUUUCGAAGGACAGCGAGGGUCGGUGGAACACCGACGAUGUCCUCGUGUUUAUGAAGGAGAUAUCGAGCGACGGGAACGUGAACACCGUGGACGUCAUCUUCCCUGCGUGGCCAGCGUUCCUCUACGCCAGCCCGGCGCUGGGAAGGGACCUCCUACUCCCUCUGUUCGAGUACCAGGCGUCCGGGCAGUACCCGAACAAGUGGAGUGUCCAUGAUAUGGGUGCGAAUUAUCCCAAAGCCCUAGGUCACAACGACGGAAAGGAUGAGGCCAUGCCGCUUGAAGAAAGCGGGAAUAUGCUCAUUAUGGCCUUGUCCUACACUCAGAAGACUAACGACACGUCCCUGAUCACUAUAUAUUCGAGCCUCCUAGACCAAUGGACGCAGUUCCUGAUCCAGGAGGCGUUGAUUCCGGCGAACCAAAUCAGCACAGAUGACUUCGCAGGGAGCCUCGCGAAUCAGACCAACCUGGCCAUCAAGGGCAUCGUCGGAAUCCGCGCCAUGGCAGAGAUCGCGCGUUUGCUCGGGGACGACACGAAAAGCCAAAAUUACAGCUCGAUUGCGGCGAGUUACGUCGAGCAGUGGCAAAAAUUCGCGCUGUCGAGUGAUGGCAAGCAUCUGACGCUAUCCUAUGGAAACGACUCAAGUUGGGGGCUCUCGUACAACCUUUAUGCAGAUAAACUCCUCAAAUUGAAUCUCUUCCCGCAAUCUAUCUAUGACAUCCAAUCCGCAUGGUACCAGACAGUCUCCAAACCUUUUGGCGUACCACUCGACACACGACACACUUACACCAAGUCAGACUGGCAGAUGGUCGCCGCUGCCGCUCUCUCCACAUCUUCGUCCGACACGACUCGCGACCUCUUGAUUGACGGCGUGCACGCCUACGCUGCGACAUCCGCGAGGGGUAACAGUGCGCCGUUUGGCGACUGGUACGAUGCAACAACUGGUGCGGCGGAGGGAUUCAGGGCACGGCCUGUGGUCGGGGGCCACUUGGCGUUGGUGAGUGAAUUUUGUUAG